AAAGCCACAGCUAUCUUCCCGUAUCUCCCCCUUAAAAAAUCAAUUGUGCACGAAAAAUAAGGGAAUACGCGUAAAAUACAAACACUGCUGACGGUUUGUUUUCGGUGCACGACGGACGGCGACGAGGCGUCCCGGCGUCGUGCGACGAGAGAAACGGCGGCGACAGGCAGGAGCAGCGGAGAGGGUGUUGUCCUGAUGCUUAAAUGGAAGUGGGUGGGCCUCUACGGUCACACACUGGCAACUUCUCUGUGGAUAUAAUUCUGACAAGCGCUAAUUUGCUCGUUAAUGCUCUGUCUGUCCGGUAAAAUUAGCGUGCGACGGGGCUGCGAGGGGGCCGACGGGCCGGGGACGGUCACUGUGUUCUCCGUUAUUUCCGUUAUUUCGGGGCUGCUUGAUUGUGCCUGCGCUUGGCACCGCCCUUCCUGGCCGGUGGGUGGUUUCGUCAAACGGGCAGAUCCGCCACGGCCCAGCGCCGAACAUAUAGGCCGUCCUCCGCCUCUGUACCCGGCCGGCCUUCUACCGUGAACUACACCCUCUCCCUCUCGGUAUAUUAAUGCGUUAUGAGUGACUCGAAGAAGGAAUCAUCUGGAACUGAAGGAGGGAAAGCAUCUAAAAAGGGGAAAAGUUCUGGAUCGCAGGAUUCCUCUCAGCCCUCUCCGUUGGCUCUGCUAGCAGCCACCUGCAGUAAGAUCGGAGGGCAGGGGGGAGCGGAGGGGGCCCAGGCCCAGGCAGGGGCCCAGCAGAUCCAGGUCCAGGCCGGUCAGAUCCAGCUGCAGGCAGGUCAGCUCCAGGGUCAGAUAGUGGUGGACACGGCUGGGGGUCAGGCCCUGGUGCCUCAGCAGCUGGAACUGGUCCCAGCUCAGUUCACGGGGAACGGCUGGCAGAUCAUUACAGCGGCUCCUACUAUGGCAAAGGAGAACACCAGUCAGCCCGUUGCUGUGUCAGUGGCCACCACCUUGGCUAAUGACAGCUCACCUGGCGGACGCAAGGUGAAGGCAGUAGGUGGGACCAACAGUGUUGCAGCCAAUCAGCAGCAGCAGCAGCAGUUCCAGAUCAUCCAGGUUCAGAACCUGCCCAAUGCCGGGGGCGGGGUCCAGUAUCAGGUCAUCCCCCACCUGCAGACUGCAGAUGGACAGCAGAUCCAUAUCAGCCCAGCUCAGACGGCCUCCAUCGGGGCUCUACCAGAGCAGGUUCAGCUCAUUCAGACCCCGAGCCCAGGCCAGACCCAGACCAUCCUCCAGCCAGCCAACCAGCAGGCCAUCCUGACAAGUACAGCCAAUCAGACAGUCCCACUGCAGAUCCGCCCUGCGCAGUCUUUUCCGCUGCAGCUGCAGACUCUGCAGGGCUCCCAGACUCCUGUUAUGACCACGGUACCCAUAAACCUCGGUGGCAUGACCCUGGCUCUGCCCGUGAUUAAUAAUGUUGGAGGGGGCGGGGCUGUGCAGCUCAUCCAAUCUGCAGAUGGUACAUUUUCCGUUGCCAAUGGCAACCAGCUGGUGACAACGGCAGUGUCUGGAGCAGCUCCUCCUACAGCAUCAGCUGGCUCGACAACGGCAGUAGCCGAAGGUGACGGUAUGUCUGAUGGGGCACAAGUGGUUUCUGCUGGAUCAGAGGGUGGACCAGCUGACACCCAAGUCCAGAGCAGUGAGGCAGACUCUCAAAGCCAGAACCAGGCCAAUGGACUGCAGAACCAGACAGAUACAGCAGGAACCAUACAGCAGGUGAUUGUGGGCCAGGUUGGGCACCAGUUGGUGCAGCAGAUCCAGCUGCAGCCCCAAGCUCAGAGUCAGGGUCAGGCCCAGGGCCAGCAGCAACCUCAGCACAUUCAGACCCUCCAGCUAGCCCCUGGACAAACCCUCCAGCCCAUCCAGGCUUUCCAAAACCCAGCCCAGGUCCUUAUUCGUACCCCAACCCUGUCCCCCUCUGGGCAGAUCACCUGGCAGACGCUGCAGCUGCCUGGUGGAGUCUCCCUGCAGGGCGGCCUGGGGACUGCUGUGCCACAGCAGCUGACACUGGCCCCGGUGGCUGGUGGGACGACAGUGGGGAGUGGAGGGCUGGUCUCCCUGAGCGGAGCUCCCCUGACGCUUAGCGCAGCCCAGAUCAACCCGGGGUCCGGGGUACAGACGGUCAGCAUUGCAGGGCUGGGCACUGCUGGGGUUCAGGUGCAGGGUGUUCCCCUCACCAUCACUGGUCUACAGGGUCAACCACAGGGUCAGGAUGGGGUCAAAGUUCAGUCGUCUCCUGUGACAGUCGCUGUUGGCAAUGUGGCACCGGGCUCAUCGAUGAGUCCAGACCAGCUGGGCUCCGUACAAAGUUCCUCAGACCAGGAGGGGCCGCCCAGCAAGAGGCUUCGACGUGUAGCGUGCUCCUGUCCAAACUGCAGGGAUGGAGAGGGAAGGAACAGCGGCGACCCCACAAAGAAGAAGCAACACAUUUGCCACAUGGAGGGCUGUGGGAAGGUGUACGGCAAGACGUCCCACCUGAGGGCCCACCUGCGCUGGCACACCGGUGAAAGGCCGUUCGUUUGUAACUGGAUCUUUUGUGGCAAGAGGUUCACCAGGAGCGAUGAGCUGCAGAGACACCGGAGAACACACACAGGAGAGAAGCGUUUUGAGUGUCCUGAAUGCUCCAAGCGCUUCAUGCGCAGCGACCACCUGUCCAAGCACAUCAAGACCCACCAGAACAAGAAGGGCGGACCCACGGUGUCAAUCAUCACCAAUGAUGACAUGGAGGAAGACGCCCCUGAAGGCCUGGGCGCCUCCCCUCAGAUUGUCGCUGUGGCGACACUCUCGCGGGACUCAGACCCCGCUACACCCACCACCUCUAAUCACCUGGAGGAAGAAGAGGAGGAAGAGGAGGAGUUUGAAUAGCCGACUGACUGCUGUUUCUUUGCGGAAGGCUGACUUCCUGUUUUUUUGGGAGUCUUUGCAGGGACUGUAAGGGUGGCUACUUUUUCUUUUCUUUUUUCACUUUUAAUUUUACAUCAUUUUAAAAAUGUGGUUCUCUCAUGAAAAAGGGACUCAAAAGAGAGACGGGAUCAUGCGACGAACAGAAACCGAAAAAUAUAAACUUUACAAUCCAAAAAAUAACUAACACAUAUAAUAACAAAAAUUUAGCCUAAACAUAUGAAAGAUUAGUUUGGCUUUUAUAAAAUGAAUCUAUAAUAAUUCCAUGCGUGGUGAUGAAAGGAAUGUAAGUAGUGUCUAGAUUAGCACAAGACAGGAGGACCUGCUGAAUCUAAAACCAUCCAACAUAAAGAGACAUUUUCCUAAUCUCAACAGAAUCUAACUCUAUGCACAAAGUUGUGUUCCUGUUUCAUACCUGUCAGACAGUGCUGAGGGUCAAUCAUGGUACAGGACUGUUGCAGAGAAGUGACAGAGCAGAGACAGUCUUGGGAUGGUGUGUGUGUGUGUGUGUAUGUAAAUGAAUGAUUUUGCGUUUGUAUUCCCAUGCUGUCACGGAGAGGAUCUACCUAAUUUGAGUUUUAUUCAUGGUUCAGGUUUAGUCCUCGGAUCAGAUUCAGGUGUUGAUUCCUUCGAGACCAGUCAACGGAUAAACUGUUAUUGAAGAAGAGGGGAGAUGAUUCUACAAAAAAAAAAAAAAAAAAAAAAAAAAGAGUGGAGAAAA